AGAGGCUGUCCCAUCAAACAUUUGGAGUGGGAAUUUCCAUCUCCAACCAACAAACCUCCCCGCCAUCCAAUUCCACCCCCGUUGCCGCGAAAAUGGCCACGAAAAGUGCCUCAGUUGGCAGCAAGCGAAAGUCUGCCCCCUAUGCCAAGGGCAAGUCCGGCUCCAAGAAGGCGCGCCUGGACGAGACCAAGGCUCGGCGGGCACCCAAGGAGGAUCCUGAGGACGACUCCAACGAUGUCUCGGACUCUGAGGACGGCGGCGCAAAGCUAGACGACGGGGCUUCCGGGAAGGAGUUCAAGAAGUCCGUCUCCGGAGUCAAUGCAAAGACAUUUGAGCGGUCCGAAACUUCUCGCGAAUCCCACGCCAAGCAGAAGCAGCUCGCCCAAGAUCGCAAGGCCGCGAAGCCCCUGGCCGACGAGGUUCAACGGACGAAGAAGUUGUGGGAGCGACUGCGAAGAAAGUCGCAUGUGCCCAAGGAGGAAAGGCAGACCCUGGUUGACGAGCUCUUCACCAUCAUCACUGGCCGCAUCAAGGAUUUCGUUCUCAAGCACGACGCUGUCCGAGCAGUUCAGACUGCCAUCAAGUACUCAACGCCCGAGCAGAGGAAACAGAUUGCGCGAGAGCUGGCCGGCACAUACGUCCAACUUGCUGAGAGCCGAUAUGCCAAGUUCCUGAUUGGCAAGCUGUUGGUCCAAAAUGACGACGAGAUCCGCGACAUCAUCAUUCCCGAGUUUUACGGCAAGGUCCGAAAGAUGAUCAAUCACCCCGAGGCCUCGUGGAUUCUCGACGAUAUCUACCGAGGAGCUGCGAACAAGGAGCAGAAGGCCAUCCUCCUGCGAGAGUGGUACGGCCCCGAGUUCUCUCUGCGAGAGCUUAACAAGGAGGCGAACCCUACCUCGGACUUGAAGACCAUUCUUGAUGCUGAGCCGAGCAAGCAGGGGCCCAUCAUGAGGAGUCUGGCGGACAUGAUCAACUCCCUGGUUCAGAAGAAGAUGACUGGUUUCACCAUGCUUCACGACGCUAUGCUACAGUACUUUUCCAACAUCAAGCCCGACACGGAGGAUUUCACCGAGUUCGUCGAGAUGGUCAAGGGAGAUGAGGGCGGCGAUUUGCUCAAGAACAUGGCAUUCACUCGCUCUGGUGCCCGCCUGGUCUGUUUGCUGUUGGCCUAUGGUUCGUCCAAGGACCGAAAGCAGAUCCUCAAGACAUUCAAGGAUACAUACCUCCUCAUGUCCGGCGAUGUGUUUGCUCACGUUGUUAUCCUGACGGCUUACGAUGUGAUUGAUGAUACCAAGUUGACCGCCAAGACUAUCUUCCCUGAGCUGCUCGGUGAGGGUGAAGAGAACGCCCAAAACAUUGUGUCGGCGGCCAACAACCCGUUUGCUAGGACGACUAUUCUCUACCUGUUCGAGGGAUUGGCCAAGUCACUCUUCCCCUCCAGCCAUUCGUUCGAUGUCGAGAUCCUAGAGGAGGUGCGCGAGAUCCGCAAGGCGACUAGUAAGAAGGACGAUGAUGCCCGACGCAGCGAGUUGAUCGCUGCGCUGUCGCCGCAGCUCAUUGCCGCCAUUGAGGCCAUGUCUUCCGACCUCACGACGACGGCGUUCGGUUGUCAAUUUGUUGCCGACGUGCUUCUCUCUGGCGUUGGCGACAAGUUGAAGGCGCUUGAGGCGAUUGCCCAGUCGGCGAGUGGCGACCCUAGCCAGGAGCCAGCGGAGGAUGACUUGGCACCACCCCAUGUCCACAUCUCGCGCACGCCCUUUGGCGGCCGCAUGCUCAAGUCAUUGAUCCAGGGCGGAAAGUUCGACAAGGCGACGGGCAAGGUUAUCCCUAUUGACCCACCCCUAGAGUUUGCCAACGCCCUGUAUCCCGUCAUUCAGGAGUUCAUUAUGGAUUGGGCUACCGGGCCAAGCUCCUUUGUUGUCGUUGGUCUGCUUGAGGCUGGCGACUUUAGUGAGGCUGCUGCGCUGAAGAAGCUGCUCAAGAAGAACAAGAAGGCGCUGGAGAAGGCCGCGACUGAGGAGACGGCGGAGCAGAAGGCCUCGCGGGAAGCUCAUGAGGCGGCUCCCAAGGGCGGCAAGAAGGGCAAGAAGAAGAUUGAGAAGCCAGUUGGCAACAUGGGAAGCAAGCUUCUUCUGGAGAAGCUGUGAGCGAGGAAAUAUUGAGUGACUGGAAGCGGAUAGAACGGACGGGACAUGAGAAGAUGUGUGCCAUUUUGAUGCUCCCGUAAUGUAUUAGGCGUUUGGGUUCUGGUGUCUAAAAGGAACAAAUGAUGAUGUUACCUUCG